UGCUCAUCACUCCUACGUAACGCGUCACUGCGCUUACGUGUAGUCGUGACGCCGAAGUCUCGCGUGAUGAGACUUGUGGCGUCGAGAUUUUAUGUAACGCAGCAGGCAGGGAGCUUGCAAUUAACAGCUUUGUGGGACGGCUUAAAAUGGCUGAAUUGUUAAUGGAGUGUGAGGAGGAAGAUCUAGAACCAUGGCAACGUAGAAUAAAAGAAGUUGAAGAUGAUGAAGAUGAUGAUGACGAUGAGCUAAUAUUUGUUCGGGAGAUUAGUGGAGCAAAGCAACCACCUGCAAAUAAUGCACAAGUUACUCAACCUAAUCCAUUUCCAUGUGCUGAAAAUGGAACUCCUAUCAGAGGAAACACUGCUUCAUUUUGUCCUUCCAACAACCACUAUAAGACAGCAUCUACUGGAAACACUAUUGCUCAGCCAGCUAAUACCAUGUACCAACCUGUCACUAGACCAGCCACUAGUUCUGCCAUUGUCCAGCCACUGCCAAGACCUGUUGGCUCUCCAGAGCCAUUAAAGCGGCCACUUACAGGAUGUUUUCCAUCACAUCAGCCACCAAGGCCAAGCCCAACUAUUCUCCAGCCUGUCUGCAGACCUGCAACUGCUCCUUCAAAUGCACAGCCAGCAUGUAGAAACAAUGCAUUUCCUACAGCCGCUCAGCCAGCCGUCAGGCCAGUUGCCACCAUUACUGCACAGCCUGUUAUUCUGAACCAGGGUUAUAUUGUGAAUUCACCCCAAGUUUCCUCAAGUAAUCCCCCAAAUGUAAUGUAUACAUUACGACCAAGCACAACAUUAACACAGUACCAGGGUGUACAUCCUCUCAGUGUCACAGUGAAUGCAACUCCUUUAGUUCGGCCAGUACAGCCACUUAGCCAAUCUCUCCCUGUAUCAGUUCCCACAAGGACAGUUCCUGCAGCCGUACACAGACCUUUUCCUCAAAUGGCAACUGUUGCAAAAAAUCUAAACCUGGUAACAGAACCACAGCAGUGUUUAAUACUAAAUUCACAGAAAACUCAUCAAGGAAUUUCAACUCAAAGCUCUGGAGCAAGUAUUGGGUGGAAUGACAACACCGUAUCAGAGAAACGCCCAGCUCCUAUUGAGAUUUCUGAUGAUUCACCAAAAAAAACAAAAAAUGCAGAGAAUGAAUGUGACAACAGAUUGACUGAUUUAUCAACAUCAGUGAAACCACCUACAUUGUCACAGUCUUCCCCUACAAAAGUAAAUGCAGGGACCAGUUCUGGAACAACACCGAAACAUGGGCCACCUUUUCCUCGAGCAUGCCCAAAAUGCAACAUACAUUUCAAUCUCUUGGAACCUAUGAGAAAGCAUAUGAAGUUUUGCUGUCCUGACAAAGUGGACCACUUUUUUAGUGGAUUGGCAAACAUUGAAGCAAUGAAUGCACCAGGAAUGAUCGAGGAUGCAGAAAAAGGAAAGCUGAUCAUGUUAGUUAGUGAUUUCUAUUAUGGAAGGUAUGGAGGAGACCUUGACUUGACCCAGCAGGAGCAGAAGACACACACUUUCAAAUGUUAUAGCUGUCACAAAGUUCUUAAGAACAACAUAAGGUUUAUGAACCACAUGAAGCACCAUUUGGAGCUUGAGAAGCAGAGCAGCGAAAGUUGGGAAAACCACACCACCUGCCACCACUGCUAUCGGCAGUUUCCCACACCUUUCCAGCUGCAGUGCCACAUCGAAAGCUCGCAUACUCUCUAUGAAUCAUCAACUAUUUGCAAGAUAUGUGAGCUUUCCUUUGAAUCAGAACAGAUAUUGCUGCAACAUAUGAAAGACAACCACAAGCCUGGUGAAAUGCCCUAUGUUUGUCAGGUCUGCAAUUACAGAUCAUCUGCUUUUGCAGAGGUUGACAGCCAUUUCAGGUGUGCUCAUGAAAAUACCAAAAGCUUGCUUUGCCCAUUUUGCCUCAAAGUUAUUAAGUCUGGUACACCAUAUAUGCAACACUACAUGAAACAUCAGAAUAAAGGAGUAUAUCGAUGUGCAAAAUGCAGACUUCAGUUUCUGACUUGUAAAGAAAAAAUUAAUCAUAAAACUCAGCAUCACAGGACCUUUCGAAAACCAAGACAAUUAGAGGGCCUUCCUCCUGGUACAAAGGUUACAAUUAGAGCAUCAGUUGGAUCCAUCAUGAAUAGUGUUCCUUCUCCUACCAAUACUGUUUGCACAAGUCCUCCAUCUACUGCUUUUCAGGCAUCUCCGAAAGUUACAGAUGCUAAAAUUACUCAAGACCUGUUAGUAAAAUCAAAUGAGCAAAACACUAAAACAAAGGUAUCAUCUCCAACUCCUAAGAAGAAGCCAGUAAGCACAACUACCACAAAACGAAUUAAGAUGAUCAAUACAGCAUUGCAAAAUCUAAGGUCAGUGGCUGGGUACUAUAAAUGUAUUGAGUGCCAGCUAGAGGUAAAAGAUUUUGAGGGUCAUUUUCACACAUAUGUGCACUGCAGCAAAUGCAAAUUCAGUACGAGUUGCAAUAAAGCCUAUAUGAAUCACAUGCUUAGCUUCCAUGGCAGAGGUUCCAGCAAACGGGCUAAGGCUUCAAAAAAACCUCUAAAAGACAAAAGGAGAAUUACUCUGGUGUGCCUAAAUUGUGAUUUCCUGACUGAUGUGUCUGGUUUAGAUGACAUGGCCAAACAUCUGAGUGAAAGCCACAAUCAUUCUUGUCAAGUUGUCUUAGAGAAUGUUUCCAUAUUUUCCUCAACUCUUGAAGGAGACAUGGCUAAAUCAAGAAAUGAAUCUUCAGUAGGAGAGAGGCUAAAGUAUUGCAAGAUAAUGCUAUAUGAUACAAAGAAAAUCCAAAGCAAAGGGGAAAACAACACUGUCAAGACAAUGGAAGAAAGUGGUACUUCUGAAAGUAGCAAGAUAAGUGAUGUUCAUAGAGACUUCUCCUCACAUGACAAACAUGUUACACCUGUGGAGCCUGUGAAAGAUUCUGAUCAAACCACUCAGGAUGCCUGUAAUACUAACCCCAUUAUUGGUAUAGCAGGAACCAACAGUGAUCAUAAAGAUUUAAUGAGUACUGUAGAAGGGGAAAUCUCAAACAGAGAUCUGACUUCAGAGACAGACCAGAACAUAGACAGUACAUAUAUCAGUGACACCUUGGAUGAAAGCAAGGCAUCCUUGGAAGAUGUUACGCUGAACAUAGAGAGUCAGAAGCCAAGCUUUGCAGGUGAGGAAAACAGUUUUGUGCAAUUUUUGAGAGGAAGAGAGGAACCUGAAUCCAUAUGUUCAGAUGUUAGCGAGCAAAGCAGUGUUCACCUGGAACCCUUAACACCUUCGGAAAUUCUAGAGCACGAGGCCACAGAGAUACUGUCAUCAAAUUGAAGCACCUUGUGAGCAAACUGAAAGAAAAUGCUGAAAGUACCCCAAAUGUUUUUAAAAAAGACUCUUAAAAGAGGAAAUGUAAGCUAUUUUUGAAGCAGCGUGCUUUGGGAUAGUGUCCUGGCAGUGCCACAUAAUGAAUGUUUGUGUUAAAAGUGUUUUUUUUUUGUAUGUGGAGUCAGCAAGGAUUAAUGAACUACUUUUCCUAAUGACUGAAGAGAAGCAAGAGUAUUGGAAGAUUUCUGAGUAGAACCUGCGUUAAUAUCAGUGUUAAAAUGUAUAGUGCUAGGAUGGGAAGGAAAUACUUUUGUGAGGAGCUGGACAUUUUAUAAGCAAACCUGUUAGUAUUAUUUUAGAAUUGAAUUAGAAGGGUUUGGUUUCUGUCUUUACACAAUAUCGAGCGACAUACUGUACAAUUUGGGACAAAUGGAGCCUUGUCUAUUUCAAGAGCAUCUUGGAAGAAACAUAAGACAAGGCUGUUAUUCCAGAAAUCUGCUUUCAAUAUCUAUGCACCUCCGCACAGGUGUGAUCCUGCCAGUCCAGUCUUAUUUUAACACUUUCAGUGAAAGUGAACAAUUAUUGCAUUAUGGACAUGUAUAUAAGUCUAAAUAUAUAUGUGUGUGUGUUUGUAUAUACAUACAGGAAUUUCCUUUGAUGGUUCACAAACCAAUAGACUUUACUUAAACUCCGAAGUAGACUGCAGAACUUGGCCCGCUGUGCUUCCAUCAGCCAAAUGUUAAAGAUGGAGACGUGGUUUGCAGAACAAUGGAAUCUCUUUAAAAAAAAAAGGGGAUCUUUUUAGAACCACAACACAGAUUGCACAUCUAAACUACAUUUUUUUUUUUUUUUUU